AUGUCAACAGGAAUCCAUCAUCCCGUGCCUGCUUCAGCUACAUCAAGCGUUCAUCAAGUAACAAAGCUUCGGCAGGACAAGAAGGGAAAGGGAAAGCACAAGAUUGAGGAGAAGAAUGACAAAGACCGCAAGGCAACUGAAGUAUUAGCUGGGGACUCAAAGAUUCAAUCGGUCAGACGAACUGAAGGAAAGGGAUUGGAAGAGGUGGACAGCGACAGUCCAUACGCCAUGGACAGCGAGGACAAUGCAAUCGAUGAGAGCGAACUGUCCUCUCAUGUUGAUUUAGACAGUGAUGUCAACACUAAUGAAGAGAAGAGUAUUGCAAGGAAUAAAGAGAAAAAAGCAGCAAAAGAAGUCCGAAGGGCAGCGCGAGGACAAGAGUAUUAUAACAAAAGAGACGCUGCAGAUUGCAGAUAA